UGGGGAUGAAAGUGGGGUGGGAGGGGGCGGGGGGAGUCGGCUGCGCACGCGCGGUGAGGCCCGACUGGGCGACCUUCAGCGGGGCCGGUAGCACCAUGUUUUCUCGGGCGGGCGUCGUUGGGGUCUCGGCCUGGGCCGUGCAGCCGCAAUGGAUCCAAGUUCGAAAUAUGGCAACUUUGAAAGAUAUUACCAGGCGACUAAAGUCAAUCAAAAACAUCCAGAAAAUUACCAAGUCUAUGAAAAUGGUGGCAGCAGCCAAAUAUGCCCGAGCUGAGAGGGAGCUGAAACCGGCUCGCGUGUAUGGAAUAGGAUCUUUGGCUCUUUAUGAAAAAGCUGACAUUAAGGGGCCCGAAGACAAGAAGAAACACCUCCUGAUCGGAGUGUCCUCGGACAGAGGCCUUUGUGGUGCCAUCCACUCCUCUGUCGCUAAGCAGAUGAAAAACGAGGUGGCUACACUCACGGCGGCCGGGAAGGAAGUUAAGAUUGUUGGAGUUGGCGAUAAAAUUAGGGGUAUACUUCAUAGGACUCACUCUGACCAGUUUCUGGUGACAUUCAAAGAAGUGGGAAGAAAACCUCCCACUUUUGGAGACGCGUCGGUCAUCGCCCUGGAAUUACUAAACUCUGGCUAUGAGUUUGAUGAGGGGUCUAUCAUCUUUAAUCAGUUCAGGUCUGUCAUCUCCUACAAAACAGAAGAAAAGCCCAUCUUUUCCCUCAAUACCAUUGCGAGUGCUGAGAGCAUGAGCAUCUACGACGACAUUGAUGCCGACGUGCUGCAGAAUUACCAGGAGUACAGUCUGGCCAACAUCAUCUACUACUCUCUCAAGGAGUCCACUACGAGCGAGCAGAGCGCCAGGAUGACGGCCAUGGACAACGCCAGCAAGAACGCUUCUGAGAUGAUUGACAAGUUGACUUUGACUUUCAAUCGCACGCGUCAAGCUGUCAUCACAAAGGAGUUGAUCGAAAUCAUCUCUGGUGCUGCGGCUCUGGAUUAACGAAAAUCAAGUUUCGUCCUCAGACACGAGGUAAAGAAGGAAAAUCCAGCCACCUGAUUUUGUUUUUAGUUUAUUGCUGUCCUGGUCAGAAGAAAUUAUUGGUCCAUUGUUUAAAUUACUAAAGAUGGCAAGAUAUUUGUAAAUUACCUCAUAAUAAACAACUUAAAAUAAGAAAA